AUUUAUAUAUGGGAUCUUCACUGGUCUUCUUCCUGCCUUGAUCAUCUUCAUUUGUCGACAGAAUCAAAGAGGAGAAGCUCUGGUACGGUCACAUGAUCUGCCAUAUCGGGCGACCCUCCGACAAGCAACAAAACAAACAUCCUCCGGCACGCAAGACACUCUACAUAUACACUGAAGCAAAAAUGGAAAGUCCACAUGAACAUCAGCAGGCUCUGCUGCUCCAGCGAAUCAUCAACAACAUUGAGAAACUUAACGAGUCCGUCAUGGCCAUGAACAAGAGUCUCCAGGAGGUCAAUAUUCAGAACAUGAACGUCGAGCUCGUUGCCCAGAUGUUCAAGAACUACCAAUCCAACGUCCUCUUCCACUUGGAAGCCACGGAGAAUUAUAAGGAGCCAUCUUAAAUGGCGUUUUCUUCCAGUAUGACGAAAUGCGAUGAUUACGAGCCAAUUACGCAAGGAAAACAAUACAAUUCAUGUCUAUUGUCUU